GUUUCUGAAGAUUCUGAUUCUGGUUCUGCUAAUGUAGCUGUGGAGGCGAAUCAGAUGGACUUAACUGAUGAGAUAGACUACUGUCACAAUUCAGCAAAAUGAUGAGAGUGUCACGGAAAUAACUAAUUCCGUUCCAGUAAUAGCUAACUCUGUUCCAGAAAUAGCCGUCGAGUCAGAGAUCCUUCGGAAUGAUUCCUUGGAGCAUGUCAUGGAAGAUCUCUUCCACGUUGUUAGCCAAAAUAAGGAAAAAGCAAAUAAUAGUCAAGAAGAAAAGCAUUUGACGACUAUCAAAUCCUAUGAUCAAUCAUAUCCAGAUAGGAAAAGAUUCAUGGGUAUAUGUCUGCCUAUAACACCAAUUCUACAUAAGAUAAGUGGUGGAUUUAACCCCUUAGAACUGCCCUCUGUUCAUUGCAUGUCAUGUGAUAGUAUCAUUCAGAAAAAUACUACCUCACACACGGAAGAUAUUGAGACAUAUUUAUAUUGUAAUCGAUGCUAUGAUGAUCAUAUUGGUCGGAAAAUGAUUUUUUAUGAAGGGUGUCCUUAUAAAUUUGAUAUUAAGGAAUUGUUGAGAGCUUCUGCUGAAGUUCUUGGAAAUACAAGUUAUGCAAUUACCUGCAAAAUCCUCUUGGAAAAUGGCGUAACAUUAGUUGUAAAGAGAUUAAAAGAUGUGAUGGUAAAGAAGAAAAUAUUUGAAGAGAAGAUAGAGAUUGUGCAAAGAAUUUCUCAGCAUCCAAAUGUUCUGUCUCCUCUUGCCUGCUAUUAUUGUUCCAAUGGUGAAAAUCUACUGGUUUAUGACUACAUGACAAAAGGAAGCUUUUUCGAGCUAUUGCAUGGAGCUAUCUUCGGGAGUGGAUCGGCUGGCUUUAGUCUUGACAUCGACUUCAAGUUUUAGGAGUUUGUUCUCCAAUUUCCGGCGUCACCUUAUUUCUCUUUAUUUUGACGCUCUUGAACCCACUCCAUUCCACCUCUACCAUAAAUGGACCUUCAAAGCCGAAAAAAUUGUUGCCAUAGAAAAGGAAGACGCUGUCUGUCGCUGUUGCUAGUUGGCUAACUCCAAACUGCUUCUGUAGAAGAACCGGUCUCCAUGAAGGCGUCAUGAUUCUCAGACGAUGACGCAGUCAAAGCACAAAAUAACAAGUCUAUUAUCUUUUAUUUCAAAUUAUCCUCAACUUGUACGUAA